UGACACACUCGCCAGAGUACAACACUGUGGGACGACUUUUACCUCUUUAACAUAGAGAGAAGACUCUCUGCUGCUGCAGCCCUGGACUGGACUCUCUCUCUCUCUCUGGAUACCUUUUUACUCUUCACAGCAGAAAGGAGAUUUGUGUCAAAGAUAUGAAGAAACCAACAUCUGUGUUUAGCAAUAUAAAGCUGUUUGUGCUGUGUCAUGGCCUGCUGCAGCUCACCCAGCUGCUCUACAGUUCCUACUUUAAGAGCACCAUCACCACCAUCGAGAGACGCUUUGGCCUCAGUAGUUUCUCCUCUGGCACCAUCUCCUCUCUGCACGAGGUGGGGAACACAAUUCUGAUAGUGUUUGUGAGUUACCUGGGCAGCAGGGUCCAUCGGCCUCGUCUCAUUGGACUGGGUGGUCUGCUGAUGUCCAUCAGUGCUCUGAUCUUGGCCCUACCUCACUUCCUGUCCCAGCCCUAUAACUACGACUCUGUCAUACAUGAUCGCCAAGACCUGUGUUCCCUCCAGGGUACCACCAACAUGACAGAGGCCUGUGGGAAGACAGAGAUCAAGCGUAUAGCAGACACCAACAACUUGUGGAUGCUCAUGGCUAUAGCUCAGCUGCUGUUCGGGGUGGGAUCUGUUCCCAUACAACCCUUUGGUAUCUCUUAUGUGGAUGACUUUGCCGGACGAGGCAACUCCCCCCUCUACAUAGCCAUCUUGUUUGCUGUGUCUGUGUUUGGACCUGCCUUCGGCUUCCUGCUGGGCUCCGUCAUGCUGAGGAUCUAUGUGGACGUGGACAGAACCGGCUCAGUCACCAAUGCUGAGCUGGCCCCUACAGACCCUCGCUGGGUGGGUGCGUGGUGGAUAGGCCUCCUCAUCUCCUCUGCCAGCCUCGCCCUGACCUCCGCCCCAUACUUCUUCUUUCCUCGCAGCAUGCCGCUGGAAGACGAGAGUGGAACUGCAGCUGCCAUUCCGAAUGAAGACUCCAAAAAGCCUGCGUUCUCAAUGCUUGAUUUCCUGAAGAUGUUCCCCAGGCUGUUUGUCCGUCUGCUCCUCAGUCCUCUGUUCCUGCUGUUGGUUCUGUCUCAGUGCUGUUUCUCUUCAGUCAUCGCUGGCCUCGCUACCUUCCUCAACAAGUACCUGGAGAGACAGUACAGCACGACCACCGCUUACAGCAACCUCCUCAUAGGUGCGGUGAACCUUCCGUCCGUUGCCGUGGGGAUGCUGGUGGGUGGAGUCAUCAUGAAGAGGACAGGUCUCUCUCUGAAGACCAUCCCUCGUUUCUCUGUCGCCAUGCUCACCAUUUCUGUCCUCCUCAUCAUCCCUCUCUUCUUCAUGGGCUGUCCCACACAGAGGGUGGCGAAGGUCAACUACACACCCCAUGGAUUUCUGGCCACCUGUAAUUCUAACUGCUCCUGUCCUGUUAACGCCUUUAACCCAGUGUGUGGAUCUGACAACAUCGAGUACCUGUCUCCCUGUCACGCAGGCUGCAAAGAGUACACCAAAGACCCCAAUAACAAAUUCAGGGUUCUGAAGUACACAGACUGUAUCUGUAUAGCCUACAGCCAGGGUAGUGAUGGGGGUACUGCCCGCCCCGGACCAUGCCCCAACCAAUGUCCUCACUUCCUGCUUCCUGUCAUGUUCCUCGUCUCUCUGGCCGGGUUGAUCGCCUCCCUAACACACAACCCCAUCUAUAUGAUGGUCCUCAGAACUGUUCCCCAUGAAGACAAAUCCUUUGCCAUAGGAGUCCAGUUUCUGCUCAUGAGAGUGCUUGCCUGGUUACCGGCCCCAGCCCUGUUCGGCAUUGUCAUCGACAGCUCCUGUAUCUGGUGGAAACAGGCCUGUAACAGCCGGCUGGGAUGUGGUUACUAUGACAAUAACAUCCUGAGGAACAGGUACCUGGGCCUGCAGGUGGGCUUCAAGGUGAUGGGGAUCUUCCUGCUUGGGGUGGUGGGCUGGAAGGUCCUGAGGACCAGGGAGUACAGCCUGGAGAAGAGGCCUGAUGGACCACUCUGAUCUGGGAUACAACUGACCUCCCUGGCUCCCCACUCUGUUCUCUCUCUCCCAUCUCACUUUAAAGAGUAGUCUCAGGCCCACUACUGUUCCUCUCCCAUCUCACUUUAAAGAGUAGUCUCAGGCCCACUACUGUUCCUCUCCCAUCUCACUUUAAAGAGUAGUCUCAGGCCCACUACUGUUCCUCUCCCAUCUCACUUUAAAGAGUAGUCUCAGGCCCACUACUGUUCCUCUCCCAUCUCACUUUAAAGAGUAGUCUCAGGCCCACUACUGUUCCUCUCCCAUCUCACUUUAAAGAGUAGUCUCAGGCCCACUACUGUUCCUCUCCCAUCUCACUUUAAAGAGUAGUCUCAGGCCCACUACUGUUCCUCUCCCAUCUCACUUUAAAGAGUAGUCUCAGGCCCACUACUGUUCCUCUCCCAUCUCACUUUAAAGAGUAGUCUCAGGCCCACUACUGUUCCUCUCCCAUCUCACUUUAAAGAGUAGUCUCAGGCCCACUACUGUUCCUCUCCCAUCUCACUUUAAAGAGUAGUCUCAGGCCCACUACUGUUCCUCUCCCAUCUCACUUUAAAGAGUAGUCUCAGGCCCACUACUGUUCCUCUCCCAUCUCACUUUAAAGAGUAGUCUCAGGCCCACUACUGUUCCUUUCAACAGUCUGCGGAGGUGUUCUGUCUAAAUGUGCUCUCCUUUACCCACCUGAUCCACCUAUCCUGUCUCACAUGAGAGAAGAGACUCAACCUAUCAACUGCCAGUGGGCAAAGUCCACGAUGCCUUUCAACCAUAGAAUGUUUCAACGGUCUGCUUAAAGUAGUCUCAAACCCAGCUGAUCCUCCUGUUGGAGGAACCUCAGCACUGAAGGACACUCCAGCUCUGGUAAAGAUACUAUAACCCUAUAACAUUAUAGCUCCCAUUCGACUAUCCUACACUCCUACAGUAUCCCCACACGAGGAAGUUGGUUCAAUAUCCCCACACGAGGAAGUUGGUUCAAUAUCCCCACACGGGGAAGUUGGUUCAAUAUCCCCACACGAGGAAGUUGGUUCAAUAUCCCCACACGGGGAAGUUGGUUCAAUAUCCCCACACGAGGAAGUUGGUUCAAUAUCCCCACACGGGGAAGUUGGUUCAAUAUCCCCACACGAGGAAGUUGGUUCAAUAUCCCCACACGGGGAAGUUGGUUCAAUAUCCCCACACGGGGAAGUUGGUUCAGUAUCCCCACACGAGGAAGUUGGUUCAAUAUCCCCACACGGGGAAGUUGGUUCAGUAUCCCCACACGGGGAAGUUGGUUCAAUAUCCCCACACGGGGAAGUUGGUUCAAUAUCCCCACACGAGGAAGUUGGUUCAAUAUCCCCAAACGGGGAAGUUGGUUCAAUAUCCCCACACGGGGAAGUUGGUUCAAUAUCCCCAAACGGGGAAGUUGGUUCAAUAUCCCCACACGUGGAAGUUGGUUCAAUAUCCCCACACGGGGAAGUUGGUUCAAUAUCCCCACACGAGGAAGUUGGUUCAAUAUCCCCACACGGGGAAGUUGGUUCAAUAUCCCCACACGGGGAAGUUGGUUCAAUAUCCCCACACGGGGAACGGGGUUCAGUAUCCCUACAGGGGGAAGGGGGUUCAGUA